GAGCACAAAUGGAUUUUAGCUGAUGGCUGACUCACUGCACUGAACUGAACUGCUCUACACCUGCAAAGGGACACCUUCAGAGAACAAGCAUGAUUUGCUUCUCAGAUUUAUCUAAACAGGUUUGCUUUACGAAAUAGCACGCCCUUCAGAAUGGAAGAAUUUACCUGUCUCCUAUUUGAUGGGGUUCAGAGUGAAGCUGGCUGACUAAAUAAACAUGGGGAACUGGAAUUUCCUUGGAGGCAUCCUGGAGGAAGUUCACAUCCAUUCCACCAUCAUUGGAAAGAUCUGGCUCACUAUCCUGUUCAUAUUUCGAAUGCUUGUUCUUGGUGUAGCAGCUGAGGAUGUCUGGAAUGAUGAGCAGUCCAGCUUCAUCUGUAAUACAGAACAACCCGGCUGCAGAAAUGUGUGCUACGACCAGGCCUUUCCUAUCUCCCUCAUUAGAUACUGGGUUUUGCAGGUGAUAUUUGUGUCUUCACCAUCCCUGGUCUAUAUGGGCCAUGCUUUGUACCGACUGAGGGUUCUGGAGAAAGAGAGGCAGAGGAGGAAAGCUCAACUGAGAGGGGCCCUGGAGGGCGUGGGGUUUGAAAUACCUGGGGACCGGAGGAAACUGCAGCAAGAACUUUGUCAGCUGGAACAAAAGAAACUAAAUAAAGCUCCACUCAGAGGAACCCUGCUUUGCACUUACGUGGUACACAUUUUCACUCGCUCCGUGGUUGAGGUUGGGUUCAUGAUUGGACAGUAUCUUUUAUAUGGAUUUCAUUUAGAGCCUUUAGUUAAAUGCCAUGGCCACCCGUGUCCAAAUAUAAUUGAUUGUUUUGUGUCAAGACCAACAGAAAAGACAAUAUUCCUAUUAUUUAUGCAAUCUAUAGCCACUGUUUCUCUUUUCUUAAAUGUUCUAGAAAUUUUCCACCUAGGUUUUAAAAAGAUUAAAAGAGGGCUUUGGGGACAAUAUAAAUGGAAGGAUGAGCAUAAUGAAUUCUUUGCGAACAAGUCGAAACAAAAUCAUGCCAAAUAUCAGAGCACCUCUGCAAAUUCACUGAAGAGACUCUCUUCUGCACCUGAUUAUUAUCUGUUAAUGGAAAAGCAAAAACACACAGCAGUGUGCCCUAUUCUAAAUUCACCUGCAUUUCAGGCAGAUCCUGACAAUCACAGUGGAAAUGAUGAGAAACGCAUUUUGGAUGAACAAGAAACUGUACUUUCUGAUGAGAUGUGGACACUUAGCGCUACGUGUAGUCAUCUUCAACACAUCGGCUCAUGUAAUAAUGAAGACACUCAUAAAAUAUUUAGAAAAGAAGUGGGUAGCCCAUUAAGGGAAAAAAGAGAGAUUGAUGGCAAAGACAGCAAAAGGAACCACUGCUCUAGAUGUCACUGUUCUAUUCCAGGUGUUGCUAUAGAUCUGGACAACCACAUGGGGCAGUCAUCCCAAACAGCUUUCCCUCCGCCUGCUAACUGUGCCUGGGAACAGUUGUGGCUUAGAUCUACAUGCUGUCCCUCUAUGGAAUAUGAAAAUCAGGUGUCACCUCCUAAAGGAAACCUCAAGGGCCAGUUCAGAGAGGGCACAAUUAGCACCCUGCCUCCUUCACUGGGAGACUGCCAACCGCUUCACAUUCCAGACACUCCUGAUUCUUUGGGACAGUUGUCCUUUAAAUCUGAUUUGGCCAGAAGCUGCAAUAAUCCUACUGCUUGUCCUCCUCCAAAUCAUUUGGUCUUGCUGACAAAUAACCUCACUGGUAGGCGGGCUCCCACAGACCUUCAGAUCUGAACUGCUUUAGGCUUCUAGACAUUCUGCAUAUUAUGUUAUCAUAGAAGUAGCCUAGUGGUGAUGGAGCACACGCAUGACAAGGGCAGCUCUAAAGACCAGGUGUUACAGGCAGAAAAUUGCAAACCCAUUUCAAAAAGGAAAAACAGAUUAAUUCUGAAUGGUGAAGGGGCAGUUUUAAAUUCAAAGACAUAGUUACCAAGUAUCAGGAUUACUUUUUCACAGGCUCCCUUCAGAAUUCAUGAAAACUGAUUCUGGGAAAGUCACAUGUUUAGAAUCGAGGCUUAAUGGUUUGGAAACAGGUUUUUCCUUGAAGGGAGUACAGCUUUAGGAGAUUCUCCUUGUUCUACAUAAUUCUCCCUUUUAGUUGCUAAUCUUUUAUUUCUGCACAAUGUUUAAAUUGUUUGUCCCUGGGACUUAAUUUAGUUUCCUUAUUGACUGCAACCUGAUGUCUCUUGAGUAUGACAAUGUAGCUGUCUAGUAAAUAAAAUCUUAAAAAGAUUGAUGGCUUUAUAGCAUCGUGAUUUCAGUGCCCAG